AUGCCCAACCACGUCGUCUUCGACGUCGUCGGCACCUGCGUGUCCUUCGAUGCCUUCUACGCCACCAUCGAGCGCACGCUCGGCCCCCAACUCAAGGCGCACAACAUCACCGCCCAAACCCUGGGAUUCACAUGGAUGACCUACGCUGAACUCCAAUUCACCUUCCUUUCCAUUUCUGAAAGCUACAAGCCCUACAAAAUCGUCAUCACCGAACUCUUCUACCAAACCCUCGCCAUAAUCGGCAUCUCCGACCCGCACAGCUUCGCCACCCCCGAACAACGCGACGCCUGUGUAGCCGGAUACGCCGCUCUCGAGCUCCGUCCCGGCGCACGCGAAUGCUUCGCCAAGCUCCGCGACGCUGGGUUCACGGUCUGGUGUUUGACGACGGGCGAUACGCAGCGGGUGCGCGGAUACUUUGAGCGGGCGGGCGUGGACAUGCCCUUGGAGAAUUUCCUGACCUGCGAUACGGCGGGCGUGGCGAAACCGGCGUUGGCGGCGUAUCGGCCCGCGUGGGAGAGGUUGGGUAAUGAGGGUGGGGAGAAGUGGUUUGCUGCCGCGCAUUUAUGGGAUGUCACUGCUGCUACGAAGGUUGGGUUCCGCGGUGCUUAUUGUACGGUUUAUGAGAAGGAGGGGGCUUUCAAGGUGUUUGAUGCGCCGUUGGAUGUGGUGUCGGAGUCGUUACCUGAGAUGGCGGAGAAGAUUAUUGCUGCGUCGAAAUAA